GACGGAGAAAGAGCGAGGGAGAAAGAGAGAAAGAGAGAGAGAGAGAGCGAGAGGGGAGACAUACUGGAUAAAGGCUACAACAAAAACCAUGAUGAUAAUGGAGUCGAGGCGGUGGAGGAUGUCGGAUUUACGAGAAAGGACUGUUGAAAUUUGACAGUGGGCUCGUGUUGAAAGCAGGUUUCCAUUUUUUCUUUUUUUUUCUUUUUUUUUCUUUUUUCCGUUUUGCUGUGUUUGAUUUUCCACAUGCUGUGUGGACAUUAACGGCGAGCAGAGGAAGGGGAGCACCCCACGGAUGCCUCGGAAGGUAAAAUCGGGGUUUACCGCUGGCGCUACUGGCAACAAGACGCAUUUCAUCUCACGGAUGGUAAUAAAGGACAUCCCGAAGAUAUCGCUGCACUAAUGGAUGAUGAUGAAAAACAGCUUUAGCCCCCGCCACCUGAUGACUGUAAAAUAAAGGGGAAAAAAUCCCAUUUUGAUGGAUUUUUAUUAAUCAUUUAUGGUGUAGCCCCAAUGAAACCAGCCUUAGACAGCUAUGUUGAAUCACUGGUGUUGGUAAAUUAUUCAUUAGAGGUAUAAGUAGACUAUGAUUUUAAAUUGCUUUAAUGUAGCAUUUCUCCCCGUUCGUUUUUAUAAUGUUUAGUCUUUUGAGGUCAUAUACAUAUUUUCAGGUUGCUUUUGUAUCGUGUUAUUUUUAAGUUUUGUUCUUUUUUGGGGGGGUUGUUUUUGUUUUUUGUUUGUUUGUUUGUUUGUUUUUGGCCUAUUUAAUAGCCUUUAACAGCCACAAAAGAAACAGCCAAAGCGAGGAAAAUAUCGCAGGAGAGCUUUACAGAGAACGACGGAAAAUAUUAGGUUCGUCAAGCUGGAUACCCGUUUUUGAAAAAUAUUUCUAUAGUUCUUCUUCUUUUUUUUCUUUUUUUUUAAAGAGUAAAGAAGGAAAGGACAGUAGUGUAAAAAUAUAUAGCUCAAGGGAGAUAAAAGGAGGGGGAAAAACACCAAACAUGUUGCCUUCCCAAGAAGCCUCCAAGAUCUACCAUGACAAUUACAUGCGCAACUCCCGGGCCAUCGGGGUGCUGUGGGCCAUCUUCACCAUCUGCUUCGCCAUCGUCAACGUGGUGGUGUUCAUUCAGCCCUACUGGAUCGGCGACAGCGUCAAAACGCCGCAGGCCGGUUACUUCGGCCUCUUCCACUACUGCGUGGGCACCGAGCCGUCGCCCAGCCGGGAGCUCACCUGCGUGGGCAGUUUCUCCGACUUCAGCUCGAUCCCCUCUGGAGCCUUCAAGGCGGCCUCGGUGUUCGUGCUGCUGUCCAUGGUUCUGAUCCUCAGCUGCAUCGCCUGCAUGGCGCUCUUCUUCUUCUGCAACACCUCCACCGUUUACAAGACUUGUGCCUGGAUGCAGCUGCUGUGCGGAGUGUGCCUGGUGCUUGGCUGCAUGAUCUUCCCUGACGGAUGGGAUGCAGAGGUGAUCCGGGACAUGUGUGGAGAGCACACAGGGAAAUAUUCUCUGGGUGAUUGCUCUGUACGUUGGGCCUACAUGCUGGCCAUCAUGGGCAUCCUGGACGCCCUCAUCCUCUCUUUCCUGGCCUUUGUCCUGGGAAAUCGGCAGACAGACUUCUAUCUUGAUGAUCUGCAGACAGAUAACAAAGAUUUUGCUGUGUCAAGGAUUGAGGUGCGAGAUAGAAGAGAGCCACGGUAUGGAGUGCAGCGUCUUCACUGAGGGCAGCAGUGGAACUGGACAACAUCUCUCUUUGUCUUCUCUUUCUCUACUACCCCUCUACUUUUCCUCUCUGCUUUCCAAUGAUCAGGAUAUCAUCCCAAUCUCAAUGCAGACACCUGGUGUACAGGAGUCCAUAGAUAAAAAAAAUAAACAAACAAAACAAAACAACCAACAAAAAAAAGAAAAAAAAAAAACAACACACUGGGAUAAACUAUAUUUUGAAAAAAAAAGUAUUAUACAAUGUUGUACAGUGCAUUUAACACUUGACUUUCUCUACGAAUACCUUUAUGAAGAAAAACAAUAUUUACUGUAUUUAAAGUCUUGAUUUGUGAGAGAAAUUCAAUCCUUAAGAUGAAGAACCAUAAUGUCCAUUUUACAGUUUCUUUAAGAUUUGCUGACUUUAAGUUUGUAUGUUGUGCAUUCAUGUUACACCAGAGAGCAGGUUACUGGUACUCCUCGCAUAGUCUUGCAAUACGGCAGCAAGUCCAUUAUUAAGCAUUCAAAACACUUCAACAGGGACUCAUAUGGUUCUUCAUCUAAGGACUUUCAAAUGUGAGGAAUUUAAAGGAGUACCCCAUUGCAGCUUUACAGAACUUAACAUCUCUGGGAGAUUCUCUACUGUACAUAACUGAACAAUGUAAAUAACAUUACUGCUGACAAAAACAGCCGACGACAAAACCUCAUCUAAACUCCAAUGCAUUCGAGUAUACCUAUUUCUCCCUUGGUUUCAGUGUUUUGAGUGUGCUGGAGGAACAUCGGAGUUCGUGCAGAUUCAUUGUGUUUGUAUGACUCCUCACUACUGAUUUGGCUGGAAUACACAGAUAGGAAAAAAGCAGAUAUCGUAGCUUAGAGAAGCAGAGCACUGGAAAUCAGAAUGAUAGUUUUUGAUCACAAAUUUCCCCUGCAUCAACGUGGCCUCCAAAAAAAAAAAAAAAAAAAAAAAAAGAGUCCACUUAUUGAAAUAUUUCACUCGUCUGUAAGUUGUAGAUGUUAAUUUGCUGAAUUUAGCGACAGCUAUCAAGUCAGAGUUCUUUUUGUCAAAAUUCACUUCUUUGUGCUAUCUCACAACCCUGUCUCCAGUGUGCAGUUUACUCCAGUUUAUGGUUCCAGCAUACAGUGAUCAGUUUACUCUACAGAUGUCUUAAGACUGUGCGAAUAUGGCUACUGGAGUUGGCCCCAAGUGCUGCAUUGUCUUAAGGUGAUGUCACUUAUUUUGCCUCUUUGAAGAAGCAAUGCUGCUUGCAGCAGUCACAGAUGGGAAAACCAUCCUUUAUAAUUGCAAGAAAAAUAUUUUAAAUGUAGCUGAAAUUAGGGGGGCAGAAGAAAUAAAGAUUUCUGUCUCAAGAUUUCUAUUGUAAUGCAGUUCUUUAGUCAACAUAAUCACAGAAACAAAACAUGCAUAGUGAAUUUGCUGCAUUAAAUCAGCAACAUAAUACUUACUAGCUCUUGGAUAAACACCUAUGAAAGUGUGAACUUUCUAAUUCAGUAUUUUCCUUUUUGGGGGGUUAAUUUCUAUUAUAUAAAAUCAGGAAGUGCUUUUGCAUUAUUUUGUUUGCAUGUAGCAGAUAAAUAUCUUUAGAUACUAAGUCACAAAUAAAAAAAGGUUUUCACUUCUAAAUAUGAUGGGCCUCAUGCAAGAUCACUUGUUUUAUAUUAUUGUUUUCAAAUCAAACAAAUUUGAUAAAACAAGCUCAUUUUAAAGCAUAUAAGAAGCUUUUUGGUCAAUAAUUACAAGUUAACUAUUCGUAAAUAAAACGUUUACUAAUAAUUUACUAUUAAUACUUUCACUGUUAAGCCGUUAAUGUUGGAAAUUUGCAGGUCCAAACAGAAACUAUGAUAGUUGUUAUUAUGUAGUACUAGUCAAAAAUACAAAAAAUAAUUGCAAUGGAUUGCAUUGUUAUGCACAAAAUUCAAUAAUGAAUUCAUAAGUAGUACUUUGCACACUUGAAGAAGGAUGAUAAAUUCAGGAUUUAUUUGUCAAAGUGGAUAAAUUUCAAACC